GAGGGGGAGUAAGACUUGCGUCAUCGGCGCGCGCGGCCGCCGUCGCGGAGAGAUGAUGUUUAGGUCCGGGACUGUCAGUCGGUGCGCGGCCGGGUACGGGCCGAGGGGCCCGCGGGGCGGCGCCUCCAUGGCGGCCGUGUUUGAUUUGGAUUUGGAGACGGAGGAAGGCAGCGAGGGCGAGGGCGAGGGCGAGCCAGAGCUCAGCUCCGCGGACGUGUGUCCCUUUGCCGAGUUGAGGGCAGCUGGCCUGGAGCCUGUGGGACACUAUGAAGAGGUGGAGCUGACUGAGACCAGCGUGAACCUCUGCCCAGAGCGCAUCGGGCCCCACUGCUUUGAGCUGCUGCGUGUGCUGGGCAAGGGGGGCUAUGGCAAGGUGUUCCAGGUGCGAAAGGUGCAAGGCACCAACUUGGGCAAAAUAUAUGCCAUGAAAGUCCUAAGGAAGGCCAAAAUUGUGCGCAACGCCAAGGACACAGCACACACACGGGCUGAGCGGAACAUUCUGGAGUCUGUGAAGCACCCCUUUAUUGUGGAACUGGCCUAUGCCUUCCAGACUGGUGGCAAACUCUACCUCAUCCUUGAGUGCCUCAGUGGUGGCGAGCUCUUCACGCAUCUGGAGCGAGAGGGCAUCUUCCUGGAAGAUACAGCCUGCUUCUACCUGGCCGAGAUCACGCUGGCCUUGGGCCAUCUCCACUCCCAGGGCAUCAUCUACCGGGACCUCAAGCCCGAGAACAUCAUGCUCAGCAGCCAGGGCCACAUCAAACUGACUGACUUUGGACUCUGCAAGGAGUCGAUCCAUGAGGGCGCUGUCACUCACACCUUCUGCGGCACCAUUGAGUACAUGGCUCCUGAGAUUCUGGUGCGCAGUGGCCACAACCGGGCUGUGGACUGGUGGAGCCUGGGGGCCCUGAUGUACGACAUGCUCACUGGAUCGGCAAGUCCAGCCUCCUGGGAGGAGGAGGGGCAGGGGCAGGGGUGGGAGGAGCCCCCCUACUGGGGCAAGGGCAGGGCAUGGUGGGAGGCCCACAAGGCUCCUCUCACCUUCCUCCUCCUCCAGCCCCCCUUCACUGCAGAGAACCGGAAGAAAACCAUGGAUAAGAUCAUCAAGGGCAAGCUGGCGCUGCCCCCCUACCUCACCCCAGAUGCCCGGGACCUUGUCAAAAAGUUUCUGAAACGGAAUCCCAGCCAGAGGAUUGGGGGUGGUCCAGGGGAUGCUGCUGAUGUGCAGAGGCAUCCCUUUUUCCGGCACGUGAAUUGGGACGACCUUCUGGCCCGGCGUGUGGACCCCCCUUUCAGGCCCUGUCUGCAGUCGGAGGAGGACGUGAGCCAGUUUGAUACCCGCUUCACACGGCAGACGCCGGUGGACAGUCCCGAUGACACGGCCCUCAGUGAGAGUGCCAACCAGGCCUUCCUGGGCUUCACGUACGUGGCGCCGUCUGUCCUGGACAGCAUCAAGGAGGGCUUCUCCUUCCAGCCCAAGCUGCGCUCACCUAGGCGCCUCAACAGUAGCCCCCGGGCCCCCAUCAGCCCCCUCAAGUUCUCCCCCUUUGAGGGGUUUCGGCCCAGCCCCAGCCUGCCGGAGCCCAUGGAGCCACCUCUACCUCCACUCCUGCCACCGCCGCCGCCACUGCCACCCUCAAUCACCGCCCCUCUCCCCAUCCGUCCCCCCUCAGGGACCAAGAAGUCCAAGAGGGGCCGUGGGCGUCCAGGACGCUAGGAAGCUGAGUGGGGUUGAGGGCAGCCCUUGAGCCCUAUCCCUGCGGCUGUGAGGGCAGCAGGUCCCUGGGCCAGUGUCAGAGACCUGGGGGUGUGUCUGGGAGUGGGGUGUGAGUGCGUGCGAAAGUGUGUGCCUGCUGGGGCAGCUGUGCCCCUGAAUCAUGGGCAUGGAGGGCUCCAGGCUACGACUGCUGGGGCCAGAGCGCUGCUGCCCACCAUGCCCUGCGCUCAGCUAGCUGCUCCCGUGGAAGAUUAAAGGGCUGAAUCAUG